UUGGGGGAAAAAAAAAAAAAAACUAGCGGAACGCAGUUAAAGGGACAGUAACGCCAGAUUAGUCUGACUCUUGCUUGGGAGAAAGUGAGGUCUUUGCUAUCCAAACUUUCUCCUCCUCUGCAGCCUCGAGCGCUUGGGCUCACGAGAUCACCCCCGCCCCAGUCUGCUCAGGACUAGUCUCUCGCUGCCUGUGCUGGUCUGUUCCUGGCCCCUCAGGACAAACCUUUCCUGGCGAGCUUCCAGACUGACUUCGGCUGGGGGAUGUCAUUGGUGUCCCUGGUGUCUGGGAAAGCAAUGCUCAAGAACCCCUGGGUGCUGAUGGUGCUGAGUCAGCUGAGGAGAUCCGAGGUGAAGCUGGCCAGGCCCCUGCACCAGAUGGUCAAAAUGUCUAAGCAAGUGCAGGCUCGAAGGCUGGAAGGCAUUGACAAGAACCCUUGGGUGGAAUUUGUGCAGUUGGCCAAUGAGAAUGAGGUUGUGAACUUGGGCCAGGGCUUCCCUGAUUUUGCACCUCCAGAAUUCUCCACGGAAGCGUUCAGACAGGCUGUCACCAGAGACAUCAUGCUCAAUCAGUAUACUCGCGGUUUUGGUCACCCUCCCCUGGUAAAGAUCCUGGCUCAAUUCUUUGGAAAGCUGCUGAAACAAGACAUCGAUCCUUCAAAAGAUGUGCUUGUGACAGUGGGUGCCUAUGGAGCCCUUUUUUAUGCUUUCCAGGCCCUAGUGGAUGAAGGAGAUGAGGUCAUUCUCAUUGAACCCUAUUUUGACUGCUAUGAGCCCAUGACAAAGAUGGCUGGUGGCCGUCCUGUGUUUGUGUCACUAAAACCGCCACCACCUGAUGAUGGCAAGUUGAUGUCCAGUGGUGACUGGAAGUUAGACUCAGAUGAACUGGCCAGCAAGUUCACCCCUCGAACCAAAGCCAUCGUCAUCAACUCACCCAACAACCCUUUGGGCAAGGUGUUCAGCAAAGAAGAACUUGAACUAAUAGCAAAGCUGUGCAAAAAACAUGAUGUCCUGUGCUUCAGUGAUGAGGUUUACCAGUGGCUGGUAUAUGAUGAAGAGAAACAUAUCAGCAUAGCCAGUCUUCCAGGAAUGUGGGAACGCACCCUGACUAUUGGCAGUGCAGGAAAAACUUUUAGUGUCACUGGAUGGAAGGUGGGUUGGGUCCUGGGUCCAGAUCAUCUUAUGAAGCAUCUUCGAACUGUUCACCAGAAUUCCCUGUAUCACUGCCCAACACAGGCUCAGGAAGCUGUAUCUUCCAGUUUUUCGAGGGAGCUGCGGCUCUUUGGUGAUCCAGAUAGCUACUUUGUCCAGUUGCCUAAGGAUGUUCAGAAAAAGCGGGAUCACAUGAUGAACAGCUUGCAGACCAUUGGCAUGAGGCCUAUCAUCCCCCAGGGCACCUACUUCCUCAUGGCAGACAUCUCCAGCUUCAAGAAGAAGAUGCCCAACCUGCCCGGCUCCGAGGGGGAAGCCUAUGACUCCCGCUUCAUUAAGUGGAUGAUCAAGAACAAGGGUUUGGUGGCCAUCCCAGUCUCGGUAUUCUGCAGCUCGGAACAGAAGGAACAUUUUGAGAACUACAUCCGGUUCUGCUUUAUGAAGAAUGAUUCCACUCUCGAGGCCAUGGAUGAUAAGCUACAGCAGUGGAAGAAAGAGCUAGAAGCCUGAUUUCUGCACUGGACUCCCCCAUUUCUCCUCCAGAUCUCUUUAUUUGAUUGGACCCUUCCUCCUCUUUCCAUCUAUCCUAUGUAUUUUGAGCAUUCCCAAGUCUGGUGGAGGAAGGAGGGAAGCUCCUUAACUAGUGCCUAAGGGAGAGGGAAAAGUGAAAAAAGGGAGCAUAGCUGCCCCAGGUCUUUCUCUUCUCCCCCACCCAUUCUGCUUUAGUGAAAGUCUGCUGCCCCUUUUAUAUUAGGAUUUGGGGAUCGGGGAAUCCUCACCUACCCAAUAUCCACACUGCUGUCCCUAUGAAAGGAAACAUUCAGCUUAGUCAGCAUUAGAAUGGUAGGGCUCUCCCUAGAAUGUUUCUCCCUCCUUUAUCAUUUCCUCUUCUUCCUGUUGAGUCAUAAAGUGGGAUUUCCCUCUACUCUAAACACCUGAAUCAGCCACCCCAACCGAGGAUGGUUGCCAGCCAGGCCAGAAAUCACCUACAUUUUACAAGGAUACCUAACAUCUUGCUUUCAUCCCUUCUUGAUUCCAUAUUGCUAUAACUUAUCUUGUUUUUUUCUCUUCUCCUUUGACUUUCAAGGGGCUAGUACAUCAAAAGGGUCAACAGUAAGGCUGCCUUGCAUAGCCAAUCAAUCGUAGUCUUGGGCAGAUCCACUUAAACUUAAAUUAAGAGUGUUUACCUCAAACCAAAAGCCAUAUUUUCCCUUUAAUAAAAUUUAUUACAUUCUGUAUAAA